AUGGACCCUUCAGACGAUGGAGAGGAGCAAGACACAUCACUGAAUUUACAUUUUUUAAAUCCAUUCUUCACAAUAUGUUCAAACACCCUCACAGGGCCAACUGAUCAAUGCCUUUUAGCAUUUCUUUGUCCACAUUUCCUUUUCCCCUACUUAGCUUUUUCUCAGGAUAUCCUCUACCCCUUUGGACCAGCUCACAGGGAUUUAGAAACCCCUAAGAUGGAUGAUGGCAGUUCUUCAGAGAUUCCACUACUAAUUCCGUUCAUAUUCUUAAAUGUGCCUUAUAGGUCCCUUUAUGUCAACAACAAUGGAGUGAUCUCCUUCAACAUUCAGGUGAGUCAAUUCACUCCAGAGGCUUUUCCCCUCAGUGACAGCCGCUGCUUCAUUGCCCCUUUAUGGGCUGACGUGCAUAAUGGUAUCCGUGGGGAUGUGUACUACCGUGAGACAACAGACCCAGAGACCCUGGAGAGGGCCACUCAGGAUGUCAGAAAGUAUUUCAAGAAUAUGGUGUCCUUCACUGCCACCUGGGUCUUCAUUGCUACCUGGAAUCAGGUCACCUUUUAUGGAGGCAGCCAGACAACGCCAGUAAAUACAUUUCAGGCAGUUUUGAUCUCCGAUGGACAAGCUUAUUUUGCUAUGUUUAACUAUGGAGAGAUCAGCUGGAGCACAGGCACGGCUAGUGGAGGAGACCCUCUUACAGGCCUGGGAGGAACCACAGCACAGGCAGGUUUUAAUGGUGGGGAUGUCAGCCAUUUCUUCAACCUUCCCGGAUCACGCUCGAAUGAAGUGGUCAACAUUGAACAGACCACUAAUGUUAACGUGCCUGGACGGUGGUUCUUCCGCAUUGAUGCUGACCAGAUAGACCCAGUAAAUGGCUGCAGCUACAUUGGGCGGUUUUACAGGCGUGGGGAGGUUUUCUGGUUAUCAGACCAAUGCACUCAGCGAUGCAGGUGUCUUGAUCUGGAUAAUGAGGUCAUCUGCCAAGAAACUCCAUGUGGUCAGUUAGAAACCUGUGAACAGGUGGAGGGGGCUUACUACUGCCAGCCUACCCGUACCAGCACCUGUGUGGUGUUUGGAGAUCCCCAUUACCACACUUUCGAUGGAUUUCUUUAUCAUUUCCAGGGCACUUGCUCAUACCUGUUGGCUCGUCCAUGCUGGGAAAUGCCUGGUUUGCCCUUCUUCAGUGUGGAGGCCAAGAAUGAGAACCGUGGUGUGACCACUGUGUCCUGGCUACGGGAUGUAUCAUCAUAUUUCACACAUUGA